AUGAACACACCUGAGGGCACUAGAACAGAAGCUACAUUGCAACAUGGGCAUCCCUCAACAGGGCCCGUUGAUGAUGGAUCUGAUUCUGAUAUAUGGGAACCUGAUGAUCCACAAUCUAACCUGGAUGAUAAUCAAUCAUUUCUUUAUGCCUUCUUUUUCUCAGAACAUGUGGAUACCGACAAUGUCAUACCCGAUGAUUAUGUUGAUGAAGAAGGAAGGCUCUUUGCUGGACUAGAUGUUGAGUUUUCAUCAUACAAAGUAACUAGUGCAGAAGUUGGUGUUGGUAAACAAUUCCAUGAUCCUUAUGACCACAUUUACAAAAAUCUGCCAAAGAAUCAUCAUGUAUUGAGGGAGGUGGCAAACUGCGAUUAUUUUCAAGCCAAGUGGUUCCAAUUUGAGGGCGUUGCAUUCUGUUGUAGGAAGGGCAAGACUUUUAAGAGUGUUGGUGUUGUCCCUAACCUUGAUGAGUAUAGGAUUGAACUAAACACAGAUAUUUCAUUGAACCAGAGAAGCAUCAAGGCAGUGAAGUACCUCUUCAAGUACAUUUAUAAAGGCAAUGACCAUGCAUCCUUCUCAGUCGACCACACAGAUAAUAAUGGUGCAGUAGUCAAUGAGAUUAAACAGUACAGGGAUGCAAGGUUUAUAACUCCUCCAGAGGCUGUGUACAAGAUUUUUGGUUUUCCAUUGUAUGAUGUCUAUCCUUCAGUUUUGCAACUUCAGUUGCACUUGCCUAAUAUGCAUAUGGUCGCAUACAAAGCUACUGCAAAUCUGAAUGAUGUUGUCAAUCAGGAGAAAUCUAAAAGGUCAAUGCUCACUAAGUAUUUCCAUAUGAACCGUGUGUACCUUUUUGCAUGGCAAUUCUUAUAUAAAGAGUUCCCAGAACACUUCAGAUGGCUCAAGUCUACCAAGAACUGGAUCGAAAGAAAACAGAGGCCACAUGUUGGAAGAAUUAUUUACGCAAACCCUGCUAAAGGGGAGAGGUACUACUUGCGGGUGCUCUUGAACCAUGUGAGAGGAGCAACCUCAUAUGAGAACCUUCAAACUGUAUGGGGGGUUACGUACUCCACCUUUAGAGAAACUUGUGAGAUUAUAGGGCUUGUGGAGACUGAUAAAUCCCUUGAUGAUUGCUUGAUUGAGUCUGCGACCUUCCAGAUGUCGUGUGCUCUAAGAAGGUUAUUUGCAACAAUUAUGGUGUUCUACGAGGUGACCAAUAUCCGUGCUUUGUGGGAUAAGCAUUUUGAGUCAAUGUCUAAAGAUUAUCGUCGUGCCCACACCAAUGCUGCAACUAUUGAGAAAAUGAUUCUAAGAGAUAUUAGGAAUGUGGUACAUUCGAUGGGGAAGGACAUUAGGAGCUUUGGCCUUCCAGAAUUGGAUGAAACAGACAAUUGUUCUGGUGAAAAUGCGAGAGAGGUCAUCGAGGAGCAGUCGGUGGGCGUGGAUCAAGAACAUCUUAAUAUUAUAAGAUGCAUGGGGAAGACUUAUUUGUACAAGGCACUACUUGCUAGGGUGCACUCACUAGAUCUCAUAAGUGGUACCGCGGAGUUGCUUCAUAGGGCAUCGUUGAUAAUCUGGGAUGAAGUUGCCAUGACAAAACGUCAAACUGUUGAGGCACUUGAUAGAAUUGGCAACGGCACCGAAGAGUCCAUUGGUGACGACUAUGUGCGCCUCCUUAAUGACAUUGUGAUAAGUUACAACACCACCAAGCCAGAUGAAUCAGUUGAUGAGCUCAUUCAGAAUGUGUUCCCAUAUCUUCAUAACAAUGCUACCUUAGCGACUUACAUGAGCUCGCGUGCUAUGCUGGUGACAAAGAAUGAGCACGUGGAUGAGCUGAAUGCAAGGAUGGUUGACAGGUUUCUAGGCAAAGAGAAGGGGUGCGUCAAGGAAGACGACUUGGAUUCUGACGAAGCCUAA